AUAGUACAGCUUUGUUCAAAGAUAAAGUAACAUGGCAUUAUUUAAGGAAGUUAUUAUUUUAACUUCAUUCCUAACGAGCUUUGUUAAUGCUUUGGCUCUUUCUUUGCCAUAUUGGACCAAGGAUGAAAGUGAUAGAUAUGUAGGAUUAUGGCAUACUUGUAUUGAUGAUAUUUGUAGCCCAGUGGCUGAAGCUUCAGAAAUUAAGACAACAGUCUCAAAGAUAUUUCUGUGCUUUGCACAAUUUACCCUCUUUUCGACAUUUCUUACUUCAUUACUAAUCCCAUUGAAAGGAACAAGUGAAAUUUUCAAUAAAAUAUGCUUAAGUGUCUUAUUUAUAUUUUCUGGUUCUUUUGCAUUAAUCAGCUGGGCUCUCUAUGCAAAGUACUUCAUGGAUAUACCAAUAUCCAGUGUAAAGCUACACGCGUCCUUUGCUCUUGCUGUCCUAUCAACUGCUUUCAGCUACGUAGGAGUAAUGGUCGUUUUUCUAAAUAAGCCGCAAAAGAUAUCAUCCCAAGAGGAGAUAGCAAUGUAGAAGAUUAUAAUUGCACAUAUAGAAUACAUGAUUUCUUUAAUUUUAAUAUAAAUUUUAUUAAUACAACUAUAAUAAAUCUAUA